AUGGCGUUGAUCCACGUCUUCGGCUUUUUUGUAGUAGCAGCAGGUGUUCAAGUGGGUCAAGGCCUGGAUGCCACGAGGAAAAGGGAAUUGGAAGGGCAGUUAACUUCAAACAGGAGUGAGAGAGUGUUAGGAAAGUCUUUCAGGAAAUUCAAGGGACCCCUUCUCGAAGGUGGAUCACGGCCAGUCAAAAAGCUUCUAAAAACGGCAACGCACUGA